UGCGUGGCCCAGUGUCUACGAUUGCCACAGACUACGAUCGCUCGCCCGCUCUUAAUCGUCGUCGGUAGUUCCGUUCGGCAUGAUGAUGCAGUUUUUGCCUCUUACAGAAUGUGUACCACUGCUCGCAAGCCAAUAUGCUGCUACCAAGAUGUCUAACACCGGAAUAGAAUACAACGAGCUGAACGACCGAACGAAAGGAAGCCACGACAGCCCGAGUCAUACGUCCGAUACGGCGUAUGAAUCAUGUCUGAGUCCGCUGCAGCCGAACGAUAGCAGCAGCUUCAAUGCAAUCAACGUGUGCGCUAUCUGCUGUGAUCGUGCCACGGGAAAACACUACGGAGCAGCCUCUUGCGAUGGAUGCAAGGGAUUCUUUCGUCGAAGCGUGAGGAAAAACCAUACCUACUCAUGCAGAUUUUCACGGAACUGCGUAGUGGACAAGGACAAACGCAACCAGUGCCGCUACUGCCGGUUGAAGAAAUGCUUCAAAGCCGGAAUGAAAAAAGAAGCGGUCCAAAACGAACGGGAUCGUAUAAGCUGCCGCAAGCCAAGCACGGAUGAUAAGAACACCAUUAACGGACUGUCGGUGAAGUUUUUACUGCGGGCAGAAAACUUUAGCCGCCACUUUGGGGCCGCGCUGGACGAAACGAACGAUGCCGAGGAAGCGGACCUAUCGUCGAAACGGUUCGCCAGCAUCAACGAUGUGUGUGAUUCGAUGAAGCAACAGCUGCUGAUACUGGUCGAGUGGGCCAAAUCCAUACCGGCCUUUGCCGAGCUGCAGCUAGACGAUCAGGUCGCACUGUUGCGGGCGCACGCUGGCGAACAUCUGCUGCUGGGGCUGUCGCGCCGUUCGAUGCAUCUGCAGGACAUGCUGCUGCUCGGGAACAAUUGCAUCAUCACGAAGCAGUGCCCGGACGCGAACAUGUCCCCGAACCUGGACAUUUCCCGCAUCGGGGCACGCAUCAUCGACGAGCUAGUGAGUGCCAUGAAGGAGAUUCAAAUCGACGACUCGGAACUGGCGUGCAUAAAGGCGCUAGUGUUUUUUGAUCCAAGUGCAAAAGGACUGAACGAACCCGCCAAGAUUAAAUCGCUCAGGCACCAGGUUCUAAACAAUCUCGAAGAUUACAUAUCAGACAAGCUGUAUGAUUCGAGGGGAAGAUUUGGAGAGAUCCUAUUGCUACUACCAGUGCUGCAAUCGAUUACGUGGCAGAUGAUUCAACAGAUAGAGCUUGCCAAAAUGUUCGGUGUGGCGCAUAUUGAUAGCCUUCUGCAGGAAAUGUUGCUAGGAGGAGAUGCGAUAGAUACCUCAUCAACGAUCACCUCACCAAUGAACAUGAUGAACACCAACAACAGCCCAUCCGAUUCGUGCGAUACGACGCAUCUUGCGCCCUCCAUCGAAACGGCAGACCCUCUAGUACAAAUGUCAUCCCUGAAUGGACCGGGAUACAGUGGCGAUUCCGACAGUUUGCUUAUAUCCCCGAUGGAUACGGUAACCAGUGGAAAUGGUUACUGUGCCUCACGGAAAGCAGCUGGCCAAUCUACACCUGAUCCGUUAAACGGACCGCUUGGACAGCAUGGUGGACCCAGAAAUGGUGGUGUUUCAGCAGACGUUGGGUACCUGCAGCAGGGACCUCAUCAUCCGGGGCAGCAAACCCAACAGCAACAACGUCAUGUGACGGGCAACUCAAGCGAUUCGCCGGUGACGGUAGCGGACAUCUACUUCCACGCACCAACGAGCGUUGGUCCACCGUCCCUGCAGCUCGACAGUGACGUUGCCAUGUACAACAAUAACAAUCUGGGCUGCUGCCAGGGCGAGAUGACACACUCGGGCCACAAGGGCUGCGAGAUGGUGAAGAUCGAAACCAAACGUGAACCGGAAAAUGCCUAAAACCAAAACCCUCUUGCCCUGC